AUGGGUGCUAUACCUGAAAAAUGUGGGGAUCCCGGUCCAUGCAUAGUUACUUGUGUUAUAGGGGGUGUACAAUUUUUUGAUUGCAUGUAUGAUUUAGGUGCAUGUGUGAGUAUUAUACCAUUAUCUGUAUAUGAUGCCUUGAGGCUCCCUCCCUUAAAAAUGUCAGAAGCACAUUUUGUUUUGGCAAAUCAGAGCAUAAUCUCAGUGGUUGAAAUCGCUAAAGACGUGAUGGUGAGCAUUAAGUGGUUGACAUUCCCUAUUGACUUCUACAUUUUAGAGAUGCCCCCUAGUGUCUCCGGAAGACCUUCGUCCAUCUUGCUUGGACGGCCAUUUAUGAAGACUUCAAGGUUCAAGUUGGAUGCCUUCUCAAGAACCUAUUCUUUUGAGAUAGAUGGCAGAACAGUGAGUUUCAACCUGGAUGAAGCCAUGAAGCACCCAGCGGAAGAUUACUCAAUCUUCCAAUGUGACAUUAUUGAUGAGAUUGUAGCUGAAGUUCACCAAGAAACAGCAGAAGAGAUGACCAUGGAGCAAGGUGCAAGUGUGGGGAAGCCCUCUGAGUAUACUGAAGACACCUUGUCACCACCAAUGACUCCAGAUGAUCAAGUGCCAAGCCAUGAACUGAAAAUGGAGUUGAAGCCCCUUCCACCCCACCUCAAGUAUGCCUAA